UCUUCCCUCUUCUCUAUUUUAUUUAUUCAUCCAAGCUCUUCCAUCCUAUCCUAAACUUUCCCCUUCCAAAUUCUUUCAAAAUCACACAACAUUUUUCUUUUCAAUGGCGCUUUGUCUCAUUUUCCCUUUUUUUAAUUUUUUCCUGCUCCCAUUUAUUGUCAAACAACGGCCAAAAAAUUUAUAUUUAUUUCUUCAUUUCCCCCAACGCUUCUUCUCCUAGCUUUUACUAUCAAAUAAAUAUAAAUAAAUAUAUAAAGCAUUUUGGAUGCCUGGUCAUUGUACUGCUCAUUUUUGCCCUUCUUUGAUUUCUCUCUGCUAUCAUUUUUCUUUUUUUCCUGAAAAAAUUUUUGGCGCAACUCAAUAGUUUUUAAAUUACUUUUUAAAAUUAAAAAUAGAAGACGUUCACGAGACUAAAGAACCUCGACUACAAGGAUCCCUGGAAGGAUCCCUGGAUUGAUCCUUAGAUUACACUGAUCCUUCAAGAUCCGUAGACUUGCCCUUUCUUCCAUUUGCCCACCUUGAUUCCAUCAUUUACCGAUCUUGACUUUCCCUGAUUGAAGUUUUCCAUCUUUCCAAGUGCCAACAUGACCAAGCCAAAAGAGAUGUCCAAAUUAACAACCCCCUUCACCUCUCAGAUUCCAUUUCUCCUCACAUUUCCUCCAAAUGGCCACAGGACUGCUAAAACAAUGAAAAGCGUCCAUUCCGCUCAUUUCACUUCAUAUAUUUAUUCGCUUUUCCUUUUUUUGUCACAAAAACUUUUUUCAGUCUUCACUUCAUUUUGUCCUUCAUUUACUCCUCUCCCCUCAUUAUUUCCCCCUCCUAUUAAAAGCCUCCCCCCUUCCCCUUGUUGAUUCCGUUGUGUGAUACUAGGACUGAAUGCUCUGUUGCAGUUCGUGUCCUUGUUUAUCUGCUACUGUUCCUUUUUUCACAUCCCCUCCAUACUAAAAAAACCUUCCUCCAACACACGGGCCAUUGAUUUUUAGUGGAUCUUUUUUCUUUCAUUUUUUACAUCCUUAUCUAGAGUUUUGGGAGAAAAGAAAGUAAAUGGCCCCCUAAAUAUAUAUACUUUUUCUAUUUAUAUUUUAGUUUAAGCAAAAAAAGUAAACGGGGAGAGACAGGGCUUUUUGGUAAGCAAAGAUUGUGCUUCUCUUUUUUUGUAUUUUUUAUUUUAUUAAAUGAUAAGCGCUUCUGUUUU